AAACCAGCUUCACUCGGCCAUGUACACCGCUGGAUAAUGAUGAGAUUGUAAGGGCAGAGUAGUUGGUCUAAAGUGGAAAGCAGCAAAGGCCGAAUCCAGCUGAGUAGUAUUAAAUUGAAUUGAAUUGGUUUGGGGUAAUGUUUUAGAAUUAGAUCCCAAGCGCGGUUGGGUUGCUCCAGAUUGUUUUCUUUCAUCCUGACUAGUUGUGGUGCGUGGGAGAUGACACAUAUACGUAACUUGUUGGGAGCGGGGGUCAAAGUAAAGUAGGGCUAUUUCGUUCCUGAGAGCACACGCGUAAGCUAGAGAGUGGCUGAUGCCAUCUAAUUAAUAACACUCGACUCGUCUCCUCCGCUCCGCCACCAUCAAUCAUGACAAACGCCGCCGCGCCCUUGAAGGCCAUUACCCUCACGCACGUGCGAUACCAGAGAGGGGACCCGCUGGGCCACUUCCUCGCAUGGGUCUCCCUCGUCCCAGUCUUCAUCUCGCUCGCCGGAUUCCUCUCCCACUUCCUCUUCCGCCGAGAGAUCCACGGCCUCACCUUCGCCCUGGGCCUCAUCAUCUCCCAGGUCGUCAACGAGUUCAUCAAGACCUCCGUCCAGCAAUCACGCCCCGACACCUGUCACCUCCUCGAGGUCUGCGACUCCCACGGCUGGCCCUCCUCCCACUGCCAGUACAUGUUCUUCUUCGCCACCUACCUCACCCUCUUGUCCUCCAGGGGCUUGGCCUUCUGGGAUCGCUCUUCCAACCUCUUCGUCCAUUCCCUCACCUGGGGCCUCGCUCUCCUCACCAUCUGCUCCCGUGUCUAUUUGGGCUACCACACCCUCGCCCAGACCUUUGCUGGCACCGCCCUCGGUGUCUUUCUCGGUGCCGCCUGGUUCUGGAUUGUCACCAAUCUCUUGAGUCCUUAUUUUCCCCUCAUUGAAGAGAGCUCCUUUGGAAGGAACUUCUAUCUCAAGGACACCAGUCAUAUUAGGAAUGUCUUGAAGUUUGAGUACGAUACUUGCAGAGCUGAGAGAGCCAGGAUCACAAAUUCUGACCACAAGUCUCGCUGAUUUUCCUUUACAUUCACCUCAGCUAUUCUAAGAUGGAAGCCCUCCUUCUGAUCAGACACUGGUGAUUUAUAGAAUCAGGCUGUAGUAAAGUGUUUUGGGAGUGUUCCUUGAUUGCUGAAAGAAGCAAGAUCGGAAAUGUGUUUUGAAAAUCAGGCUUAGUUUCUCUCUUUGCCAAUGAUUGAUUGCCUUGCAUCUAAAUUGUGACUCAGGACCUUUCCUUGUAACUCUCCAACUUUACUUUGUACAAGCAUGAAUCUUGUCAUUACAUAUUUUAUAUUUUAAUUCAAUAUUCUUCUUGUAUGGAUUUUAGCAGCUAUCCUUACUCUUAACUU